AUGACAAAAGUGAUUUGUUUGGUGUUUGAUAUUGUUUUAGAAUUUGAUUUGCAAGUUGAUGAAUCUCAGAGAACUGUCCGGACUCGGCACGCUCGCUUUCCUCGCGGAGCAAUAAGGUCAGCCAAUUCCAGCACUUCUAGGCAUAGCAGCAGUGAUGAGUGCACCAGAGCGACAAAACAUGCCUUAUCUCCAUCCGCAAAAGCACAAUGGCAGUUUAUGGUGAGUAUCUAA